UGGGGACGGGUUGUUAUUUGCCUCGGUGUACAUACGGAGGCGUAGAUAUUUGAUUUCGCACGGCAUCCGUACCAGAACGGAGACUGAAAUUAGUCAGUUUACAGAAACGUCGAAGAACUUUUACUUGCAAUGACUAAGAAAAACGCAAAAGGAACAAUUAAAAAAGAUGCCAAGCCACAGCAGGUGCAUAGGAAUGGAAAGAAAGCAGAGGUUGGAGGAGGAACCUCGUUUUUCACCUGGUUCAUGGUUUUGGCUCUCCUGGGCGUCUGGACCUCUGUAGCCGUGGUGUAUUUUGACCUUGUUGACUAUCAAGGUGUAAUUGCCAAAGCAAAGGACUUGCGCUAUAAUCUUUCAGAGGUAUUACAAGGUAAACUUGUGUCCUAUGAUGCUGAUGGUGACGGAGACUUUGAUGUGGAAGAUGCUAAAGUACUACUAGGGCUGAAAGAGAAAUCCACUACUGAGACCAGUGAAUCAGCUGAGGGAACCCCUGCUGAACCUGUGGAAGAAGCUCCUGAAUCUAUUGUGGAGGAAUUAAUCCAAGCCACUACAGUUAAAGAAGCAGCUCAGCCACCACCAGAACCAGAGACUGUGGAAGAGGAGUCUGUUCCUGUGGAAGAAGAACCUCUGGCAGUAGACGAAGAGCCCACUUCUACAGAAGAUGAAGUAGCUGAGGAGGAACCAGAAGUUGAAGAGGAGCAAGAAGUUCCUGAGGAAGAACCAGAAGUUGUGGAGGAAGAGCCUGAGAUUACAGAGACACUUCCAAUUGAGGAAAAGGCUUUUGAGGAGGCAAUAGAAAAGCCUGCAAAAGAGGAAGAGGUCAUACCAGUUGCAGAAUCGGUUGAGGAGGCUGCACCAGUGGAAGAAGCAGUUGAGGAAGUGUUGGAGGAAGAGGCUGCACCAAUAGAAGAAGUAGUAGAAGAUGCACCGCCUGAAGACGCAGUAGAAGAAGUAGCUGAAGAGGUUGCACCUGUGGAAGAAGCAGUCGAGGAAGUGUUGGAGGAAGAGGCUGCACCAGUAGAAGUAGUAGGAGGAGAUGCACCGCUGGAAGAGGCAGUAGAAGAAGUAGCUGAAGAGGUUGCACCUGUGGAAGAAGCAGUCGAGGAAGUGUUGGAGGAAGAGGCUGCACCAGUAGAAGUAGUAGGAGGAGAUGCACCGCUGGAAGAGGCAACAGAUGUAGUCUUAGAAGAAGAGGAUGCACCAGUGGAAGAAACAGCAGAGGAAACCACACCAGUAGAAGUUGUUGUGGAAGAGGUUGUAGCAGUAGAAGUUGUGGAGGAGAUUGUACCAGUAGAAGAAUUUGUGGAGGAGGUUGUAUCAGUAGAAGAAGGUGUGGAAGAGGUUGUACAGGAAGAAGAUGAUGUUGAGGAGCUUGAACCACUAGAAGAAGAUGUUGAGGAGCUUGAACCAGUAGAAGAAGUAGUAGAGGAAUCUGAACAAGAGGAGGAAUCUGAAACAACAGAACCAGUGGAAGAAGUAGAAACACCCAAAGAGACCGUUGAGGAUUCAGUCUCUGAAGAAGAAACCGUAACAGAAGAGGAAGUUAUAGAGGAAACCGAUGAGCCAAUUCAGGAAGAUGAGGAUGUACAAGACUACACAUCGGAGGAAACAGAGUUUGAGGAAAAUAUUGAAGAAGAGGGUAUGUUUUCUUCUGCUGAAGAAGAGCAGGCUGAGGAGGAUGAAGCAGAGGAAAUUAACCAAACAGAAGAACAAAUUGAAGUAGAGCCCACAGAAACAUAAAACAUUAGGCAGUAA